GGGGGUGAAGGCAGCAGGCGGCCCGUCCGGCUCGGCUCCGCUCGGCUACACUCGGCCCGGGCUCGGCUUCGUUCGGCUCUGUUCGGCUCCGCUCGGCCCGGGCUCGGCACCGCUCGGCUCCAUUCGGCUCCGUUCGGCUCCGCUCGGUUCCUCUCGGCUCCGCUCGGCCCGGGCUCCCUCGUCGGGGCCGAGGCGGGCGCCGCUAUGGUUUAAAGGGCGGCGGGCGGUCGUGCACGGGCAGGAGCCAUGAACUUGCUGCCGGCUAACCCGCACGGCAACGGGCUGCUCUACGCUGGCUUCAACCAGGAUCACGGAUGCUUUGCAUGUGGAAUGGAAAAUGGAUUCAGAGUUUAUAAUGCAGAUCCACUCAAAGAAAAAGAGAAACAAGAGUUUCUAGAAGGUGGUGUGGGCCAUGUUGAAAUGUUGUUUCGUUGCAACUAUUUAGCACUGGUAGGUGGAGGAAAAAAACCGAAAUACCCACCUAACAAAGUAAUGAUCUGGGAUGACUUGAAGAAGAAGACUGUCAUUGAGAUAGAGUUUUCUACAGAAGUUAAAGCCGUUAAGCUGCGAAGGGAUAGAAUUGUGGUAGUUUUGGACUCCAUGAUUAAAGUUUUCACAUUCACACAUAAUCCCCACCAGCUGCAUGUCUUCGAAACCUGCUACAAUCCUAAAGGUCUGUGUGUCCUUUGUCCAAAUAGUAAUAAUUCUCUUCUUGCAUUUCCUGGAACGCACACUGGGCAUGUACAGAUAGUGGAUCUCGCUAAUACAGAAAAGCCUCCUGUCGACAUACCGGCUCACGAAGGAGUCUUGAGCUGUAUAGCUCUGAAUCUGCAGGGAACAAGGAUUGCAACAGCAUCAGAAAAAGGGACCCUCAUAAGAAUAUUUGAUACUUCAUCAGGGCAUUUAAUCCAGGAGCUACGAAGAGGAUCACAGGCAGCCAAUAUAUACUGCAUUAACUUCAAUCAAGAUGCCUCCCUAAUCUGCGUAUCCAGCGACCAUGGCACAGUGCAUAUUUUUGCUGCAGAAGACCCUAAAAGAAAUAAGCAGUCAAGUUUGGCCUCUGCCACCUUUCUUCCCAAAUACUUCAGUUCCAAAUGGAGUUUUUCCAAAUUUCAGGUUCCCUCAGGCUCUCCGUGCAUUUGUGCCUUUGGAACAGAACCAAAUGCUGUCAUAGCAAUAUGUGCGGAUGGCAGUUAUUACAAGUUCUUAUUCAACCAAAAAGGGGAAUGUUCAAGGGACGUCUACGCUCAGUUUCUAGAAAUGACGGAUGACAAGCUUUGACUCACGUGCUCGGUCACCCCGGUCAAAGUGCUGCCUUGGCAAUUCCAUACCUUUGGAAGGACAGUCUAUGAAUGUCUGAUACUGAUAAAGAAGUUUAGCAGACCUCAUGGAGAAGCCUGACCCAACAUGACCAGAACCAGCUUUGACGUGGUGGACUUCAUAUGUUUAUUCUCAUUUCUGCAAGUAUUCAUUGUUAAAAUCUCUUUGGGUUAUUGUCAUCAACUCGAGUUUUCAAGAUGUGGCUUUCAACAAGCUUGUGCCUAUUGGGUUUCUCUUAACCUAAACUGUGAAAUUUAAAGCAAACAUGAGUGCCUGCCGCACUGAGCGAUCUGCAGAGGGCUGUACAACUGGCCUUGGGAAAAGGGAUGUGGAAAGAGAGUCCAGGCAUUGCUUUACUUCCACUGAAUGGCUGGGAGAGGGAAACACCAUGGAUCAUGCUCAAAUAAACCUCUGGGAGCAGGAGUGCUGCUUUCCCCUCCCCUGAGCACACCUGACAAGUAACAGGAGCAGAGGUGCUGAGUGUGUCCGCGUCGCCAGCUAUAGCUUGAGCUGCGCUUGUCCUCUGUGCUGGUGGAUGGGGCUGGGGGCGUCCUGAGGACCUACACCGGCAGGUGGGGACUGGGUCGAGGGCUCAGCACAGAUCAGCAGAGGUGCCGAACUGCAGAGCAGCUGGAGGCACUGGCUGACCCAGACGGCUUCCCCUUCGUGUGUGGGGCAAGCACCCCGGGCCAUUGGGCACGUGGAGCUCCUGGAUCUGUAGAGGUGAUUCCUUCUGUAACAGAACAGCCCUUCUGGGUUUACAAACUGCCCUCGGUACCACACUGACUGCUUCCAGAAUAGCUGUGCUUCAGCUGGAGGAUGGGACAGGCCACUUGCACAUCCAGCACCAUCGCUGAACCUGGUGGCACAACGUAUAUAUCUCCACAAUGGCUUUACACUCGCAAACUUUUCUUUUCUUUCCUUUCCUUUUUUUUUUUUUUUUUUUUUAAUGGGAGCUGUUGCAUACUCUGUGCUCUUGGCCUAAACCAGCUGACCUGUAACUGCUCUCCCAAAAUUGUUACCUGGCCAUCAAUAGUUCCUGCUGCCUAAGGCACAAAAUCCUAACCAGGAGCUGGAAUAGACACACACUAAACCGGGGUGGGGGAGGGGGAGCCUGGGUCUUCUGAAACUUAACUUCAUAGUCGCUUCAGACCUGGCAUGAUUGUUCCCUCUGGGGUUGUUUAGCUGCAAACUCUAAAUUUGACAAGUUUCUUUUAGUGUCACGUAACAUACUAAGGCCUAACUUCUACGCAGGUUUUGAUGUCAAGGUUGCAUGUUGCUUUUAUGUGUAUUUAAUCACAGAAAUUGUUUUGCACACUUAUUUGUAAUAUGUUAUUUCUUUUAAAUAAAAGUGACUAAUUUUGCUGUAGUCACUGCUGGUCACAGUCAGAGGUUUGGGGGAAUAAACAUGUAACUGAUUAAAUGGUGGUGGUUGAAGGACGGAGAGGACUGCCCAGCCUUGUGAACAGAGGAUGAGGCACACUGCACUGGAGAGUGUCUGGGACACCAGCACUGGCAUUUACACCAAAACAAAACCAACCUCCAGUGCAAACCAAUUCUGUUCAGCAUCGCUCGCCCCGCCCCUCACUGCAGCUGCAGCUCUGAAGCUUCCUGCCUUUAACAGCUGUAUGUGAUGAACUGGAACCUGCCUUCCCCUGGAGCAGAGCAUGCACAGGAGAGUAUGGGAACCACUCCCCAAGGGCAGGUGACCUCCCUUCUGGUGCAGCUGUUGAUGGUCCACUUGGCCACAUUCACUCAAACUCACACAGAAGCUGCUUUAACCAAGGCACAGGCUCUGCACGGCACUCUGGAGCGUUUGUGUACUUCUACCCCCAUUACGUUUGCCCGAACUUGGCCCGUGUGACUACAAGCAUAUUCCUUGCUUAUGGAAUUUGACUACAAUGAGCAACGAGGCACCGUUCAAAUGUGUCCCGGCCCUCCGUGAGGCUGUGGGGUAAAAGGGAGUCAAGGCAGCUGUCGGCAUUCUACUUCAUGGGACAAAAGAGAAUUAAAGGGAUUUUACAACGUCAAGUUGCUCACUUAAGAUGAGUGCUACGGCCCAGAAGUCCAAUGGCAUUGAUUCCUUCAAGUACAGCUGUCUUCACUCCUGGCUGGAAACACGUGGUGCUGGGAGGCAGCCCUGCUCCGCAAAGUGCCCUGGGGACCCGUGGAGAGGGGCCGGGGGUGCUGCUGGGGCUCAGCCGGCAGCCACGCAGCAGCCGUGGAGCAGCACUGCAAGGCUAAAAUAUGAUUGUUCCUGAAAAGCAGUCCAUUUCCACUGGCAGAAGCUAUUUCAGUGUAUGGAUUACUAACUUUUGUACUGAACAAUAACCAACCUCUGCCCCUGUUUCGUUGUUUCCUUCUCCGGUACCCGAGUCACUGCUCACCAUCGUGAAAGGAAAAGGGAAAGAGCAGCCCGAGCAGUGAACUCGAGGGCAAGUGGUGCUUUCAGAACCUUCAGGUGUUCACACUGAUGUAGAGAAAAGGAGAUCAAUCAGUGAAGUUAGAAAACAGGAGAAAACAGCAGAUGCAUUCUUAACUGCAGAGGCCAGAAGGGCUGUGGCCAUAAGAGCCACCACAUCCAAAACAGCGGGGACAGAGCCACCUGCGCCUCAGGUGCCCUCGUGCUGGAGUGGUGCUGCCUCCCCCCUUACCGAGCCAUCUCCACAUUCCUGCCUUACUGCAGGUGUUUUCCUUCUUCCCCAAAGGCUGCAUGUGUGUAAACAAACCAGGGACUGUGCCACUCUGUGAGAGAUCCUGUGGAAUUCCACACGCUGGUCCUCCUUUUGGUUAAAGGACAGGUUGUGCUCCUUCAGCUUCAGCCCUUUACGGGCUCCUUUGAUUCCUCCCAACUCUUCCAAGUAUGUUCUUUUGGUACUUUGGACAAAAGCCUUUCCCCGAUGCUGAUGAGAAACAGGAAGAGCAGAACUAAUGCAUAAAGAGACAGUCAGAAACAAACCAACAGCCACGACAACUAUUCUAGAAAGUGCACAUCCCAUUAAACUUAGUUUAAAAACCAACCUUUUCUCUCGGCACAGCAGCCGUGCGCGAUCACAGCAUCUGGAGUCAAACCGUGGCCAUGGACCUGAAAUCAGCCCCAAACGCCAACACAGCUGUGAGGAGAAUGAGCCUGGUACACACAAAAAUAACUCCUAAAUCACAGUCUGGUUUGAUUCAUAGUCAGGACAGGAAGCAGAAGGAGGAGGAAAGAGUGGUUUUGUCUGUCGGUCCACAAAUAAGAUCAAGAACUUGAUAGUUAAGAGCAGCCACACAACCACCUGCCUUCAGGAGCUUCCUUCAUCAAUGACUUCUGCGCCAGACACAACGUGAGAUUCUCAGUAAGAAGGUUAAACACACAGCUAGAACCUGCAUGCAGGAAGGAGUCAGUGGGGUCAGCAGAAACCAGCACUCACUUUGGAGUCCAUUUUUAUAUAUAUAACUAUAAAAUACAUAUAUUUAGGUGAAUAUCAAUCACAUCUACAUAAAAAUCACAACUGUAUAAACCCCACACUUUAUGUAAUAUCAUAACUUGACCUGCAUUAAUGACCUCCAAACACUCAAGAUUUACCUUCGGGGGGAAAUUAAAUGCAGACACAAA